AACCACAAAAUUUCAUUCAUCAUAAAACAAAACAAAAAAACAAGAGGAGAAAAUUACCUGCAGAAACGACAAUAAAAUCUAGCUAAAAAAACUUGUCAAUGAACGAUCUGUGACAUCAGCUACCAUAAUGACAGAGAUAAUCGGUAAUAGUAACCAUAAUCAUACCAAUCCCAAUGAAUUCAAUGGCCGCCAUUCGGCUUCACCGGCACGCACAAUAGAUUCGCAUGAUUCGACAACUGGCAGCAUGGACACCAUUGUGGAUCGUAGUCUGAAUCGUGAAGAGCUGGUACAGGUGGCCACCAGCACCACCAUGGAGCAGGGCACUAAUACAUCAAAUGCUAAUGUUGGGGAUGCCUCGGAUGAGGCACGCCAAGAUGCCCAAAGUCAUAUCUAUUCGAGUCCCGUCUAUGAUGAGAAGCCCUUGACGGCACUGAAACUGACAGCAGCCACAUUAAUAGAUGACCUCAAGAAGGAUACAAGCAAGGAGCCGAAACAGGAGCUUAAGUUGAUGAGUCAUCAGGAGUUUAAGCAGCAACUGCAGGAUGUUCAGCAAACAAAAAGUGCUGCCAAUACGAUUGAUUCUCGUAUUAGCAAGAAACAACGAUGCCCGCCAGAAUUCAUUAAAUACAAAGAGACAGGCGGAGGAUCGGGUGCUGGUGGUAGUGGUAGCGAUGAUGGUUCAUCAUCCAAGCAACGUCGCCAGCGCCGGGCAAGUAAUGAAUGUUGCUCGGCCUUUCCCCUGCAAAUUGUCCUUGGGUUAUUACAAUUGCUAUUGGCCAUCUCUUUGGUGGCUCUGGGAUCCCUGCUGAUAGUCCGUGAUGCGGCCUUGUCAAUGGCCGGCUGUGGCAUUUGGACCGGGCUAAUAGCCGCUGUUACCGGCUCCUUGGGCGUGGUUAGCAUGCGCAAAACUCAGACAGCAUUUUUGGCUCUAAGUUUGGUUUGCAUAGCCAGCAGCACUUUGGCUUUGGCCAUUUCGGGAGUGGGAUUGUCGCGUGACCUCAAUCGUCUGGCCGAGCAGCAACAGCUAGAGCAACAGCAGCAACAGUUGGAACUCAUCAAUGGAAAUAGUGAGGUUUCUGCCGCCUGUGGUUUAAUAUUCGCAUUAUUUCUGCAUUUCGUGGUCAGCAUUGUUUCGGUUUAUCGCUGCGCCUUGCAAAUAUGUACCAAAUCGGAACACAGCGAGCUACGCGAUGUGAUCAUUAAAUCAAAUGCCUCGGGCAUGGCCUUAGAUCAACAGAAGGUGGAUCAAUAUAUAAAAGCCAUGUCGCUGAAUGGCAGUGAAAAGAUAAAUUCGGAAAAGUUGGCGGCCAUGUGGAUGUAUGCUGCCCAAAUGGGGAAUCCUUCGAUGCGUAAACUGACACCGCCCUCACGUCCCAUCAUGCUAAUUCCAGCAUCAGCAGCUGGUAGUGGGUUGCUGCCACCGCCACCAACACGCCUACCACCUCCACCACCACCAGGAGUCGGACCUGGCCUCUUGUUACCAGUGCCAGCUCCACCUCAAUAUCGCGGCAUGACGUUGCCGUCAUAUAUGCGCUCUGGUCCCGGCUCUGUCAUUUACGCUCAUCCAGCUAGCCUUACUGGUACCUAUCGCACUCACAAAAGCACCAAGUCAGCGGAGUUGAAUGGCCAACGGCGACGUAGGCGUGCAGGAAAACCAUCAUCAAUGGAUGCCAAUCGUCGCCAGCGUCGUAAAUCCGAAGCUGAUGUCCUUGAUGGUGCAGCAGCACCCAAUUUCCAGUACACAGGCCUGGAUCGAGCCAUAGCCGAUAGUUUUCUGGCCCGUCAAGAGCAAUCACAUGCGGGAAGUAGCCACAUGGAUUACUCCUCAUCAGCAUCAUCAUCGGAAGCAACAUAUGGAGCUGCAACGGGAAAUGCAUCGCGUGCUUCCUCCAAGACAAAAAUCGUUUGCCGCGAUGUCGUGAUGUGAUGCCAGAAGAGUCCGUUCAUCACUCAGCAUAUCUUUUGUAAAUAGUUUCUAAACGGGAUUUAUAAUCCUUAAGGUCAACAAUUGUGUAUUCUACUUUUGUAUCCUAGAAAAGCAGAAUACACCUCACCUCCGUAUAUUUUGUCUAAUUACAUGUGUGAUCCGUUAACUCGAUCGUCAAUCGAUGUUUAUUGGAGAAUUAAGAUCCCAAUAGUUGAUAGAAUCCUUUAUGACAGACAAAAAUAAUAUUAAUAUGAGAUGUACGGCUCUCAAUCAUCAAAGGUGCGAGUCUGCUUAAGCUAGGGUAUAUCAACUUCGGCGAUACGAAGUUAGUUACUAAAAUGUUUUCAUUUUUUUUUUGUAUCUCUUUAUAUAUA